AUGUCUUCAAAGGCCUUUACUUUCUUGCCUCUGGGCGCCAUCAUCCAAAAGUUCCAUGUCAAUGGAAAAAACAUUGUCCAGGGCUUUCCCUCGGCUGAGCUCUAUAAACAGUACAAUGCCCCCUUUUUCGGCGAGACGAUUGGCCGCAUCGCCAACCGCGUGUCCAAGGCGAAGAUCAAUGACCUAAAUGGGAAAUCGUACCAACUCCCCCUCAACGAUGGUCCCAACUCCCUCCACGGCGGCCACAUGGGCUGGGGAAAGCGUGAGUUUGAAGGCCCUACCACGGUGGAUCGCAAUGGCAAAGAGGCUACCCUGUUCAAGUACUUAAGCAAAGACGGUGAGGAGGGCUACCCUGGCACUGUGCAAGUAAGCGUGUGGUACGUCCAGGAAAAGGAGCAAGUAGACGGUGUCCAGCAGGAGGUCUUGCAUAUCGAGUAUGAAGCUGAACUCGUCGGUGAUGAGGUCGAUGAAACCGCUAUCAACAUGACCAACCACAGCUACUUCAACUUGACAGAAGGCCCUUCUGUUGCCGGCACAGAAGUCACUCUCAUCACGAACAAGUACCAAGUCGUUGAUGAUGGAGGCAUACCCACAGGACCUAUCGAAGAGUACCCUGGUGUCAGCCCUCAAAAGACCUUCACUCUCGGCGAAAAGGAGCCCGACAUUGACGACUGCUUUGUUGUCAACACCGACCCUAGCAGUGUGCCCAUUGAUACGCGCUCGUUAGCUCUGCAGAAGCUUGCCUCCUUCUACCACCCAGAGAGCAAAAUCCAUCUCGAAGUUCACUCGACAGAGCCAGCAUUCCAGUUCUACACUGGAAAGUACAUCGACGUGCCCGCAGUUGGUGAUUUGCCCGCCCGCCGCGCCCGUUCUGGUUUCUGCGUUGAGCCCAGCCGAUACGUAAACGCUAUCAAUGUCCCCGAGUACAAGCCUAUGAUGGUACUCAAGAAAGGUCAGAAGUACGGCACUAAGAUUGUGUACCGCGGUUGGCAUGCCUGA